AUGGAGUAUUUCGAUUUCGAGGGCGCCUCGUCAGCUCAUGGCUCUAACCAGCAAGACGACGACGUCGCUUCAGUCGAUAUUGAGCUUGAUGAAGCCGAGGAACAAGCAGCCAAUUUCAACUCGCUGGCCCAAGAUCAGCCAUUAGAGUUCCCCGAUCUGUAUGUCGGACAAGCCAUUGACCCCGACGGGGUGUACCCCAUGUUCCGCGCCCAGGAACCAUGCGACUUCUGUCGCCGAAUGGGACUGGACUGCUUUGUUGCCAAGCGUGGUGUGAUGCAAAAUGGCUGUACUUGCUGUAUCUCUCUCUACCGCGAAUGCAGUUUCACACAUGCCAAAACGCCUGGCAAGUUCCUUCAGACCCUACACAGUGUGUCCGAAAACGCCUACGUCCCUACAGGCAGCCUCACAGGAAAGAAAGCUCUCAAAUCCGUCUCAUAUGGUGCAUAUGCCGAUGAUCCUGAUGCACGUUCUCGGAAAAAUAGUCCUCGAUUUUCUCGAAAGGCAAUCAGUAUCCUGAAGAGCUGGCUGCGAGAUCACAACGAGAAUCCCUAUCCUACUGAACAGGAGAGAGAUGAUCUCAAACAAGACACUGGUUUGACCCGAACGCAAGUUUCCAAUUGGCUAGCAAAUGCCAGACGACGCGGCAAAGUGCGUUCUUCGACCGACAACACUUCUGUUCCUGGUGCUGUGGAUAUUCCCAAGAAACAAUCCGUCGACGUAUCUCUCAUGACACCUCUGGAGCGUUGGAAAUACUCUCCUCCCGAGAACGAACCUGCUACGAUCAGCGAUAUUAACCGUGCCUUGGCGAAUCCCCCGUUCGAUCCCUCGCGUCCACGCCGGGCCCCAUCUGGUCACGUGCGGCCCCGUCGCCCUGGGUCCAGUACCAAUGAGUCAAGCCAUGCCAGCUCCGAACAUAAACUGCGCACCGCCUCUGCCAGUAGUCUGGAUACUAGUCGGUCAUCUCUCUCUGAUCUCUCUUUUGCUUCGGCAUUCUCUCAUCGAUCCUCGCAUUCAUUCGGUUCAAUGGAUCGUAAAGAACGUCGCCGUCGCCGUAAGGCCUCGGUACCUGUCAACACAUUGGCCCAUUCCAAGGCUAAAUCCGCUCGUCCAUUUCAAUGCACAUUUUGCACUGACUCCUUCCCUGCUAAAUAUGAUUGGCAACGACACGAGAAGUCUAUGCACCUUAUCUUGGACAAAUGGACAUGCUCUCCUCACGGUGGAGUAGUUGAACAGAAUGGUAUACCUCUUUGCGUCUUCUGCUCGGCAGCUAACCCAGAUGGAGAACACCUAGAAACUCAUAACUUCAUCAGCUGCCAGGAGAAGACAGUGCAAGAGAGGACAUUCUAUCGGAAGGAUCAUCUGAACCAACACCUUCGCUUGAUGCACAAUACCAAGUUCCAAUCGUGCAUGGAUAAAUGGCAAAGUAGUAUCACCGAGAUCAAAUCUCGCUGCGGCUUCUGUGGCUCUAUUUUCCAGACCUGGAAAGAUCGAGUCGAUCAUCUGGCGGGCCACUUCAAGAACGGUGCUGUGAUGGCUCACUGGCAAGGGGACUGGGGCUUUGAGCCUUUAAUUCAAGCUCGCGUGGAAAAUGCAAUCCCGCCAUACAUGAUCGACUAUGAAUGGAGGACUCCUGAUCCAUGGACCACACAGCAAGCCCAGGGCGACGGCACCUCACCUCAGCUCCCCGUCCCCAAUGAUGCCAACUGCUACGACCGUCUCUCGCAAGAACUUACUGCGUACAUUCACAACCAAAAGUCACAAGGUGUGGUUCCAUCCGACUCGAUGAUCCAAGAAGAAGCCCGUCGUGUCAUUUAUGGAUGCGAUGACCCUUGGAACCAAACCUGUGCAGACAACAUUGUGUGGUUGAGUGUUCUCAAACGUGAUUGCGGGCUGGAGACAGCUGUACAAAACGAUACGAUCCAAUUCGAUGACCUAGGCAUGCAACCUCCAUUUGCGGUGCAUGGCGGCCUGCGGGCCCCACCCCGGGAGAUGAAUGUCCUCGCGCGAACAGUAUGUCGAGGUGGCCUAUAUAGCCCUGCAGUCUCUAGUCCGAGCCUCCGCAGCCCCGCCUUUCCCGGAACUGGUUUUUCAUCCGCCGGGCCUAGCCGUGGGGGAAGUCUCUCGGGCAGUUACGCUGGUAGUGCAGGGAUGAUAUCAGCCGGUGCGGAUCCAUCAUUUGCCACGGAUUGGGGCAGUAGUGUGCCAACCAGUCUUCCGACCAGCCUUCCAACCACUUCGUCUAUGGCAAGGGAAGGGUCCUCUGAUCCUUUGGUACAAAUGGGGUUCGACCCGGAGUUCCUCCAACAACUGAAUGAUAGCUAUGGUAAAAUCAACCCUGAUGAUCUUGAAGGCAUGCAUUUAGAUGAGGAUGAUGGCCACAGAGGGGUUGGGGGACAGGGAUGGCCAAACUCAGAUAUGCUUGGCCAACCCACUUCAGAUCCGGUUGGUAUCUUUCCCAAAGAGGGCCACGCCCCUGCUUCAGAUGCACCCAAACCUGACCUCUCUGGGUUUCUCAAUCGACAAGGCCACUUUUGA